AUGGCUCGGUGGCUGAAGGCCCUCGCGGCGAUCCUCCUGCUCGCCGCCGCGCCCGCGCUCGCACGCAAGUCCGUCCCCAACAGAGUCGAGCCCCAGAUCGAAGAGGUCACCGCCAAACAGUUGGAGCGAGUGCUGGAAGACAAGGAUUUCGUCGCAGUGUACUGGUAUGCAAGAAGCUGUGUGACUUGCGACAAAGUAUUAGAAGAGUUGGAGAAGAUUGACGAUGACACGGACACAUUCGGCGUUGACUUCGUCAAGAUCAACGACAAGCGGCUGGCGAAACAGUAUGGCAUCACGAAAUUCCCCGCCCUCACGUACUUCCGUGAGAAGGAACCGAUUAUUUACGAAGGAGAUCUCAUGGAUGAAGAAAGCGUCCUGGAUUUCUUGACGAGUUUAGAAGCAAUGGAUCUUCCAGACCGGAUAGAAGAAGUCAACCAAAAAAUCCUCGGAAAAAUUAUUGAAGACACAGAAUACGUAGCCGUUCUGUUUUGUCCUGAUCUCAAAACAUGCGGUCCGCUGACGAACAAGCCUGAGUGUAAGAAAUGUGCAAAAGCCCUACAAGAGCUGGAGAACAUAGAUGACGAAGCUGACCAGCUUGGUAUCGGCUUCGUGAAGAUCCACGACGAGGAGCUAGCUGAAGAGUACAGUCUUGGCGAAUUGCCAAGACUGGUGUACUACAGACAUCAAAUACCUAUUAUAUACGAAGGUGAAUUGAGCCGGGAGGAAGACGUGCUGGAAUGGCUGAUAGCGAAUAAGUCAACCGGGGAUGAGGAGGACGUCAUCGAGGACGUAACUGCUAAAACGCUAAAUACCCUCAUUGGCAAUGUAGACAACCUUGUCGUUUUGUUUUACGACCAUGGCGAUGAAGAAUCGAUGACUGUUUUGGUUGAGCUCGAAAAGAUAGACGAUGAUUGCGACCGCCACGGCAUUCAGUUUGUGAAGAUCGAUGAUAAGAGAGCUGCAGAAGAGUUUGGCAUUGAUAAUGUUCCAGCCAUCGUCUAUUUUGAAAAGCAGAUCCCUAAUGUUUACGACGGUGACCUUGAAAAUGAAGAAGAAAUGCUAGAGUGGCUUGUUGAUCAACUUGAAAAGGACGAAAUUGAAGAUGUUACUGAUGAAAUGCUGGAUCGUUUGAUCAAAGAUGGAAAAACUGUAGCAGUCUUAUUCUACGAUAACAAUGAUCGUAAAUCGCAAAAGGUUCUUAAUGAACUAGAAAACAUUGAUGAUGAAUGUGACCAACUUGGAAUUGCGUUUGUUAAAAUCGACAACGAUGAAGAAGCAAAAGAAUACGGUAUUGAGAAAGUCCCUACGUUAUUGUACUUUGAAAAGGGUAUUCCAACAUAUUAUCAAGGCAAUCUUGAAGAAGAAGAAAAAGUUCUUGAUUGGCUAAAGCAUCAAAGUGAGAGCGACGAAAUCGAGGACAUUACGGAUGAAAUGCUUGACCUCAUGAUUGAGAAAAUGCCAUAUGUCGCUGUUCUUUUCUAUGAUCGAGACCAGAAAAAAAGUCAAAAGAUCUUGGCUGAACUGGAGAACAUAGACGAUGAGUGUGAUCAGAAUGAUAUCGCGUUUGUUAAGAUCGACGACCCUAAGGAAGCUAAAGAAUAUGGUAUUGAGAAUAUACCAACAAUGGUAUUUUUCGAGAAAGGUAUACCACACAUUUAUGACGGCGACUUAAUGAAGGAAGAUGAUCUGCUGGGUUGGUUAAUCCAUCAGAAACGUCACAGUGAAAUACCAGAAGUCACCGAUGAAAUGAUGGAUAAAUUAAUAGAAAGUACCCCGUAUUUGGCUGUAAUAUUCUACGACAAAGAUGAUAAACAAGAUAUUCGGAUUCUAAACGAAUUGGAAAACAUUGAUGAUGAAUUAGAAAAAGAGGGAAUUGUUAUUGUAAGAAUGGAUAAUGAAGAAGAAGCUAAACAAUAUGGUAUAGACCACCUUCCAACUUUAAUUUACUUUGAAGAAAAUAUACCCGCUGUAUACGAAGGCGACCUUAUGAAUGAAGAAGAAGUACUAGAGUGGCUAAUUGAACAGAAAAAUAGUGCAACUAUUGAAGAAGUGACAGAUGAAAUAUUGGCUGACCUAAUCGAGGAGCAUGAAUAUGUGGUUGUUUAUUUUAGUGGCAAAUGUGAAGAAGGCGAGGAAUGUGAUAAUAUUUUAGACGAACUGGAAAAUAUUGACGACGAAUUAGAUGAAACAGGCAUUAUAUUUGUUACAACUGAAGAUAUUAACCUUGCAAAAAAAUAUGGUAUCAAGACCUUCCCCACACUUGUUUUCUUCCGAAACAAAGAUCCCCUCGUUUACAAAGGUGAUAUCGAAGACGAGGAUGAAGUAUUGGCUUGGCUGACUGAUGAAAAUACUCUCGAAAUUCCUGGAAAAAUCGAGGAAGUUAACUCCAAAAUGUUAGAAAAAAUUUUAGAAGAGAACGAUCAUGUUGUUGUCUUCUUCUAUAGGGAAGGUGAUAAGAAGUCUCAAAAAAUAUUGAGUGAAUUAGAGAACAUUGACGAUGAGUGCGAAGAGAAAAAUAUUGAUUUCAUCAAAACAUCUGACGAGGGCGUUGAUAAAGAAUAUGAUCUUCCUGACUUACCAGCCUUGGCCUUUUAUCGCCACAAAUUCAGAACAAUUUACGAUGGUGAUUUGAUGCAUGAAGAAGCCAUCCUGAAAUGGGUAUUAGAGCUUCAUGAUUCUCAACCAGAUGUUAUUGAGAGUGUCGAUAGAAAAACACUAAAAGAUCUCAUUAAUGACGUGGAACAUCUUGCCGUAUUCUUUUAUAGUGAAGAUUGUGACACUUGUGAUGAUGUUUUGGAAGAAUUGGAAACAAUCGAUGACGAUACUGACAAGCAUGGUAUUCAGUUUGUAAAAUCGAAAGAUUCAAAAUUGGCAUCUGACAUUGGCAUUUUCAGUUUUCCAGCGUUAGUUUACUAUGAAACUGGUGUACCCAUAAUGUAUGAUGGUGAUUUAAAGAAUGAAAAUAAAGUUCUCCAGUGGAUUGUAGAUCAAAAAAGCGAUCGCUGUUUCUACAUUGGAUUGGGGGCGAAACCGGCUGUUCCUAAAAUGACUUAUGAACCCUACCAGUGCUGUCCUACUAAAGUACAGAGCCCGACAAAAGUAGCCAAAGCGACGCCGACCAAGAUCCCGCCAAAGAAACUCGAGAAGAAGCAGCCCACAUUGGAAAAACCCACUAAGGGUAAAAAUAAGGCUCUCGCAGCUAAACCAGACAGACCGUCUAAAGGAAAAAAAGGAAAUUUACUGGAUGAAUCAGAAGUACUUGACUGGAUGGUCAAACAGAAAGAGGACGAAAGUAUUGAAGAAAUAGAUAGAGAACAAUUGUUUAAAUACAUCGAAACAAAGGAAUUUUUGGCCGUUGUUUUCUAUAAAGAAGAUGAUCCAGGAAGCCCAAGAGUUUUAAGACACGUAGAAUUAAUCGAUGAUGAAGCUGCAGAAUAUGGCAUAAAAAUUGUUAAAUGUAGCGAUCGCUUAAUGGCAAAAAAAUAUGGCUUUCGUAAUCCGCCUGGCAUCACAUAUUUUAGAAAAACAAAAUAUAUUAACUAUGAUGGUGAUAUUGAUGACGAAGAGGAGAUUUUAGAUUGGUUGACAAAUCCGGAGAACAUGGAAUUAACUGAUCACAUAGAAAAAGUUAAUAGAAAAAUGUUUCAGAAAAUAAGGCAAACUUCUGAUUAUGUUGCCGUGUUCUUUUACAGUAAUGACUGCAAGCAGUGCCCUAGAGUAUUGGCCGAGAUUGAGCACAUCGAUGACGAUGCCGAUGGCGCUGGUAUAAACUUUGUGAAAAUCGACGACAAGCAAAUGGCUAAGGAAUACGGAGUUUUCGCUCUACCCGCAGUCUUGUUCUUUAAGUUGGGGUCUAAAGAUCCAGUCAUAUAUGCAGGUGAUUUAUAUGACGAACAACAACUGCUAAGUUGGUUAUUGACUCAAAAAAAUCCUGCCGGGGAUGUUAUAGAAGCACUCGAAGGAAAGGAUUUAUUAGAUUUGAUAGAAGAGUCUGGAUCUGUAGCAGUUUACUUCUGGAAUAAAACAUUAUGUGAACUUUGCAAUUUGAGAGCAAUGCAAAAGACUAUAAGAAAAAAAGAUAGAGGACACGAAGAUGAGGAAGGGCAGGAGCAAGAGGAUAGUCUUGACUGUGAGCAGUGCACAGGCAUAUUGGAAGAACUUGAAAAUAUCGAUGAUGAUUGUGAUAGACACGAAAUAAAAUUUGUAAAGACUCAAGAUUACUCAAUUGCAGAAGCUUACGGAGUAACCGAUUAUCCUGUUCUAGUAUAUUUCGAACACAAUGUUCCAAAUGUCUAUGAAGGGUCUUUGGCAGAGGAAGAGGAAGUUCUUCAAUGGCUAAUUACACAGAAAACUGAAGAUCGUAUAGAACUUAUAACCAGAGUAAUGUUGGAAAAAAUGGUUGAAGAAACACAGUAUUUGGCAGUUUACUUCUAUAAAUUGAAUUGUCACAUUUGUGACCACAUACUUGAGGGAUUGGAGAAAAUUGACGACGAAUGCGACGUAUAUGGCAUUCAUAUGGUAAAAAUUCAAGAUCCACAACUUGCAAAACGAUAUUCCAUUAAAACUUUCCCCGCUAUGGUAUACUUCCGCAACGGCAACCCACUAUUGUUCGAAGGUGAUUUACAAAAUGAGGAAUCAAUUUUAGAAUGGCUUAUAGAUGAUGAUAACCGAGAACUAGCAGACGAAAUAGAAUCGGUUAAUGAAAGGAUGCUUGAAAGAUUGCUUUAUGAAUCACACUUAUUAGUAGUCUUUUUUUAUGAUGACGAAGACUGUCCAGAAUGCGAAGAAAUUCUUGAAGCUUUGGAGCAAAUUGACGGUGAAGUUGAUCAGUACGGCAUUGAUUUCGUAAAGAUCGCAAGCAUUGAAGCGGCAGCUAAACAUAAUGUUGUAAACAUACCAUCAUUAGUUUAUUUUCGCAAACGAGUUCCAAUGCUUUACGACGAAAAAAUGUUGGAUAAGCUUUUAGACGAAAACGAAUUUCUGGCAGUCUAUUUUUAUGAAAAGUCUGCAGAAAGUCGAGCAGUAUUAGAUAAACUAGAAAAUAUAGACAGCGAAACGGACAAUUUAGAUAUAACAUUCGUGAAGAUGCAAGAUCCACGCUAUGCACGUAAAUGGGGUGUCACCAAAUUACCGGCUAUUGUUUACUUUAGGAAACGCUUUCCUAGUAUUUACAGAGGUGAUAUUAUGUCCGAAACCGAAGUAUUGGAAUGGCUUCGAAAGAAUAGAUUUCGACAACCCGAACUCAAUAUUUUUAUGUACGCUUUAAUAGCGCUUUCUGUAGCAUUUGUCUUGUAUACUGCCUUUUUGAUGCAGUGUUUCAAACCAUCUCCACCUACAGCCACGCAACAUCCAAAACAAGCGUGA